UUAUUACAAAUAUCGUGUGGGAAGGUCUACCAUCAACAUGAAGGUAGUCAUUCUUCUGUCAUUAUUGUCAGUUGUGGCUGCCAAUGACCACUUCUAUUACAAUUUGAUACCUCUGGAAGUAACAGCUUUAGCGAAGAACCCUAAACAAAUAUUCGAAUUCCUUGACUGCUUGCUUGAUAAGGGUCCUUGCAAUGAUGUCUUUGAAGGCUAUAGAGCCGUUUCUUUGGAAGCUGUCCAACAGGCUUGUAAAAGAUGUACUGCCGAUCAAAAAAGAUUUGGUAACAUCUUUUUAAUGAUUUUGAGAAAGUUGCUACCUCAAGAAUAUCACAAUUUUAGAUAUAAAUACGACCCGAAAAACAAACACUUCGAUGCUCUUGAAGCAGAACUGAGCAAAUACAAAUAUCUGCCAUGUCUAUAAGUAACUGAAUGACAUUCUAUUUAGUUACCGCCUGUUAUGAGUUAAACGAUAAUUUUCAAUUCAAUUCUUCUGAUUUAUACUUCUUCCUGUUACUUCAAUAAACUUUCUGUCUUUCUUAA